CCGGGGCCGGCGGGGAGCGCUCCCCGGGCAGAGCCGGGACGGGGGCGAGAGGCAGGUCCCGGGGGCGGCCCGGCGGCGGGGGCCGCGCAUGGCACCCGCACCCCCUGUACCGGCUUUUGGCUGUUCUAUUUAAUUGUAUUUGUUUCCGAGCAGCUCGCACUGUUAGUUCCUAUUUUUCUUUUUUUCCUUUUUUUGGUAAUUUUAUUUUUGUAGAAGGUUUUUUUACCAUUUCAACGUGAAGCCGCCAGCGGAGUUUGCACUUAUUUCCCGGGACCGCGUUAGCGUGCGGCGCCGAGGCCAUGCGGUGAGGUCUUGUGAAGAAAUCAAUCUGAAGACAAUGCAUCUCUGACACCUCAUACCAGCUGGCAAGAGAGGGAGAUGGAAGUCAGAGAAGGCCAACGGCAUCCUGGCCCUGUGAUAGCUCCCAAUGGAUACACAAACAGGAUUUUCCAGGCAAAGAUGGAUAAAGGGAAUACUGAUGUGUUGGAGCUCUGUGGUGCUGAGCACUGCAGCUCCAGCAACGCAGUCCCGAAUGAACGAGAGAAAACACCCAAGUAUAAGGCACCAACCAAGGGCAACUGGAUUUGGAAUUUUGUUAGACGAAGGAAAGGACUCUCUACAAAUAAAGGAAGACCUCAGUCCAUGAUCCUCCUGGGAGUUACCUCUGAGGUCUCAGAAGUAAAAAAAACAUCCUUCAUGGACAGAGUGAGGCCGUUAAAAAAGGGAAGAACCUCCAGGAUGCUUAAGAAUGCGGAUUUGACAGCAUCCAGAGUCCAGAUUGGUUGUGACCCAGAGGAGGACCAUCAUGGCAGUGGGCAAAGAGCUGUGUACAGGGUUAAGAAGCUGGGUGAUGGUCGGAGGCCUUCCCGCCACUCGUACGCGGGGUACAUCGAUGAUUCGGAUUCUUCUUUAGAAGACAUAGACCUGAACAUCAGCAAUCCUGAAAUUAAUGCCAACGAAAGUAAAUGUCUCAGGGAUAUUAGCAUUGAGUUACACAGUGAAGAUAAUGAUAGUAACUGUCACAGGACACCAGCUAGAAAGAGCGAGUCUUUGAAUUUUGAAAACUCCAAGAGUCCUGCAAUUACAGAAGGGGACAAUCAAAAGAAGUGUACUGUGCUCCCACAGGAGACCAGAAGAGCAAGGAGCUCUGAUGUCUGGACCUAUCUGAAAGGAAUUACCUUGACUAGCAAAGAUAAUUCAAAGCUUCCAGAUCAAAGGGCCGAUACCAAUUUCCAGGAUAUAGAAAAUACAGCAGAUCAUUCUACUUAUUUUGACUUUGAUAGGAGAUGUGAGGAGAAUCCCAGCCAGCGGAAAAAAUCAACCAGUGCCACCAAAGCCACUCACUUUGGAGGUGUUGUAAGGUUCUUCACCAGUGUGGCUGAGACAGCUCGGAGACUGCGAGGCUCCUCAAGGGCGUUUUCACCUGAUGAGAAAAGGCCUCAGUGGAGUUUCCGAAACCGGAGGCAGGAUGUUACCUCUCACAAAGAGGGUUUAGUUAUUGAGAAUGAGAAUGCAAGGGCCUUCUGCACGGUGGGAGCGUGUCUGCAAUUCCCAAGUGCCCUAGGUGACAUGAGCUUUGAGAGUUUAGUGGGGAAGGAGCCCCCACACCGUUGUAGAACUACAGAAGUAUCCCAAGACAUUGGUUCCUCUGCUUUGGGCAGCAAGAAUGGUAGAUUUAAUGAAACAUCACUUUCUCCUCUUGGACCAGAACCAUCCAUUUCCCACUUGCCAGAACUUGCAGGUGACUCUUUCACUGAGCUAAAUACUAAAGACCUCUCUGAGGAUCUGAUUGACUUUCCAGAGACAACUCUGACUAAAGAGGUUCAGGAUUCAGGCAGUACUCCAGAGAAGACAGAGGUUGUGGACCAGGACUUGACAAGUUCUCAAGGUCUUCGUGUUAAUAAUCUGGAUACUGCAGACCUGAGCCAUUCUUCAGUUGCAUAUGGUGACUCUUUUGUAGUGACUGAGGCUCUGAUCCACUUUUCGCAGACAUCCCUCGCUAAACUCGAUACUGAGGAUGUGACUUGUGCUUCAGUGGUUGCUAAAAAUGUGAAUCUGUCUCCAGCACUGGCUCAGGAGCUUUCAAAGACAGAACUGGAUAUGCAGGACUUGAGAAAUCCUGAGCUGUCUUUGCAAGACUUGUCUAAAAGUGAGCUGGGGCUUCAAGACUUAGGCAGUACUCUGGAGAACACAGAGGCUGUGGGAAGGGACCUGCCGUGUUCUCAAGAUGUUCCUGUGAAUAAUCUGUGUGCUGAGGACUCGGGCUGUUCUCCAGCUGCUGCUGCUGACUCUUCUGCAGUGACUGUUUUAAAUUGUGCACCAGAUAAAGGAGAGGUUGUAGAGCAGACUGAUUGCUGCAUGAAAGAGCGUGGAACCAUUUCAUUCAUAGAGCAGAACUCUGUAGAGAUAAGCGAUGGAGAGGACCAGUUUGACUGUGACGACGACUUCCGUCCCUUCCAAGUACACGUCUCUAGAGUUGUCUCUUCCGGACGGCUCAAAAAUGGAAAGACACUGCCUCAUCCUUCUGAGCCACCCUCACAAGCACCACCCUUCAAAGCUCUUGUGGAGAGAUGUCGCUCGGAGCCCCUCUCCCAGAGCACCCCAAUGGGGCUGGACCAGGUGGGAGUGCGUAUGCAGCACUUGCUCAGAAGACGCGCUGAGAACGAACAGGCUUCAAAGACUCUGAAGGUGCGCAGGAACUGCAGGAACGGUGGACGUCGAUGGAACCUCUUCAGGCCUGGAGCUGAGAAGCUGCAGAUCAGUAGGCUGAUCAGUGGUGGUUCUAUUGUAAGUGCUGAGGCAGUAUGGGAUCACGUCACCAUGGCCAACCGGGAGUUGGCGUUUAAAGCAGGAGACGUUAUCAAGGUCCUGGAUGCUUCCAACAAGGACUGGUGGUGGGGUCAGAUCGAUGAUGAAGAAGGAUGGUUUCCCGCCAGCUUCGUGAGGCUAUGGGUAAACCAAGAAGAUGGAGUGGAGGAGGGAACCAGCGAUGUGCAGAAUGGCCAUUUGGAUCCAAGCACCGACUGCCUCUGUCUCAACAGGACCGUUCAGAACCGAGACCAGAUGAGAGCCAACGUCAUCAAUGAAAUCAUGAGCACGGAGCGCCACUACAUCAAACACCUCAAGGACAUUUGUGAGGGUUACUUAAAGCAGUGCCGGAAGAGGAGGGACAUGUUCAGCGAUGAACAGCUAAAAAUCAUCUUUGGUAACAUUGAAGAUAUCUACAGAUUUCAGAUGGGUUUUGUCCGGGACUUGGAGAAACAGUACAACAACGAGGACCCCCAUCUCAGUGAAAUUGGACCAUGUUUCCUUGAACACCAAGAUGGCUUCUGGAUCUACUCUGAGUACUGUAACAAUCACUUGGAUGCAUGCAUGGAGCUUUCCAAGCUGAUGAAGGACAGCAGGUACCAGCAUUUCUUCGAAGCAUGUCGUCUCCUGCAGCAGAUGAUUGAUAUUGCCAUAGAUGGGUUCCUCCUGACGCCGGUGCAGAAGAUCUGCAAGUACCCUCUGCAGCUGGCUGAGCUGCUCAAGUACACAGCACAGGAUCACAGUGACUACAGGUAUGUGGCUGCUGCUCUCGCUGUCAUGAGGAACGUGACCCUGCAGAUCAACGAGCGGAAGCGGCGGCUGGAGAACAUUGACAAGAUAGCUCAGUGGCAGGCCUCUGUUCUGGACUGGGAGGGAGACGAUAUCUUGGACCGCAGCUCAGAGUUGAUCUACACAGGAGAGAUGUCCUGGAUUUACCAGCCUUAUGGACGGAACCAGCAGCGUGUUUUCUUUCUCUUUGAUCACCAGAUGGUUCUCUGCAAGAAGGAUCUGAUACGAAGAGAUAUUCUCUAUUACAAAGGUCGCAUAGACAUGGAUAAAUACGAAGUGGUGGAUAUAGAAGAUGGGAGAGAUGAUGACUUCAAUGUCAGCAUGAAGAAUGCCUUCAAACUUCAUAACAAGGAGACUGAGGAAAUGCACUUAUUCUUUGCCAAGAAACUGGAGGAGAAGUUACGGUGGCUUAGAGCUUUCAGAGAAGAAAGGAAGAUGGUAAAAGAAGAUGAAAAGAUAGGCUUUGAAAUUUCUGAAAAUCAAAAGCGACAAGCGGCAAUGACAGUAAAGAAAGUCAGUAAGCAAAAAGGUGUGAGCUACUCCAAGUCGGUUCCUCCAGCCUACCCACCACCCCAGGAUCCAUUAAAUCAGGGACAAUACAUGGUGACAGAUGGCAUAUCCCAGUCCCAGGUCUUCGAGUUCACCGAACCCAGACGCAGCCAGGCACCAUUCUGGCAAAACUUCAGCAGGUUAACACCAUUCAAAAAAUAAUACCUAGAGAGAUGGAGAACUAAAAGAACUAAAACAGAAUUUAAGAAAAUAAAAUUAAAUGAAAUUA